AUCCCGCAGUUCCUGCCUGCCCGGAGCGGGCGCCCCUUGCUCAGGCCUUCGAAGAGCGUCGUGGAGUCGGGUGGUCCUAGCUGGGACCUGAGUUGGAGGGCCAUCAACUUUUGGUAGCUGGAUUGAGUACAGGUGCAGAAUCUUGGGGUGGCCAGGAGACAGGGGAGUGGACCCGAGGCCCUCUUUGCCUGUCUUUGGAGACGCGGCCUGCGCCCCUAUCAUGGCCCUCCACCCCCGUAGAGUCCGGCUGAAGCCCUGGCUGGUGGCCCAGGUGGACAGUGGCCUGUACCCGGGGCUCAUCUGGCUACACAGGGACACCAAACGCUUCCAGAUCCCCUGGAAACAUGCCACCCGGCACAGUCCCCAACAAGAGGAAGAAAAUACUAUUUUCAAGGCCUGGGCUGUGGAGACAGGAAAGUACCAGGAAGGGGUGGAUGACCCUGACCCAGCUAAAUGGAAGGCCCAGCUCCGCUGUGCUCUCAACAAGAGCAGGGAAUUCAACCUGAUGUAUGAUGGUACCAAGGAGGUGCCCAUGAACCCAGUGAAGAUCUAUCAAGUGUGCGACAUCCCCCAGCCCCAGGGUUCCAUCAUUAACCCAGGAUCCACUGGAUCUGCACCCUGGGAUGAGAAGGAUAAUGACAUAGAUGAAGACGAUGAGGAAGAUGAACUAGAUCAGUCUCAGCACCACGUUCCCAUCCAGGAUACCUUCCCCUUCCUGAACAUUAAUGGCUCUCCCAUGGCACCAGCCAGUGUGGGCAAUUGCAGUGUGGGCAACUGCAGCCCUGAAGCAGUGUGGCCCAAAACAGAACCUCUGGAGAUGGAAGUGCCCCCGGCUCCCAUACAGCCCUUCUAUAGCUCUCCAGAGCUGUGGAUCAGCUCUCUGCCAAUGACUGAUCUGGACAUCAAGUUUCAGUACCGUGGGAAAGAGUAUGGGCAGACCAUGACCGUGAGCAACCCCCAGGGCUGCCGGCUCUUCUACGGGGAUCUGGGACCCAUGCCUGACCAGGAGGAGCUCUUUGGUCCCGUCAGCCUGGAGCAGGUGAAAUUUCCAGGCCCCGAGCAUAUCACCAAUGAGAAGCAGAAGCUUUUCACCAGCAAGCUGCUGGACGUCAUGGACAGAGGACUGAUCCUGGAGGUCAGCGGGCAUGCCAUUUAUGCCAUCAGGCUGUGCCAGUGCAAGGUGUACUGGUCAGGGCCAUGUGCCCCCUCGCUUGUUGCCCCCAACCUGAUUGAGAGACAAAAGAAGGUCAAGCUAUUUUGCCUGGAAACAUUCCUUAGUGAUCUCAUCGCCCACCAGAAAGGACAGAUAGAGAAGCAGCCGCCUUUCGAGAUCUACUUAUGCUUUGGAGAAGAGUGGCCUGACGGGAAACCGCUGGAAAGGAAGCUCAUCUUGGUUCAGGUCAUUCCUGUGGUGGCUCGGAUGAUCUUCGAGAUGUUUUCCGGUGACUUCACGCGCUCCUUUGACAGUGGCAGUGUCCGCCUGCAGAUCUCAACUCCAGACAUCAAAGACAACAUCGUUGCUCAGCUCAAGCAGCUGUACCGCAUCCUGCAAACCCAAGAGAGCUGGCAGCCCAUGCAGCCCGCCCCCAGCAUGCAACUGCCCUCUGCCCUGCCCGCCCAGUAAUCAUGGAUGCCUUCUUCUGCCCAGUCUUUUUAAAAAAGAAAUAUUGUACAUAUGGAUAUUUUAUAUUCUUCAGAUUUAGCCUGCUUUUCAAACCCUCUUCUGUCUCACACUGUUGAUAGUCUAUGGCUCUUUCCAAAUGUGCCUUGCUUUAGAAGUUGAUGUAAUUUAUGGAAAAAUCACUUUCCAGAUGUGCCUGUCCUUUUCUGAAGCUCCCUGUGGUAGUGUAAUGUGGUAGAAGGAAGUCAGGCCUGGGACACCAGCUUCUAGCUGCCACUCUUGCUUGUGAUAGCGUGACCUUGAACAAGUCAUUUCUCCUGUUGGCAUCAGAUUCAUCCCUUGUAAAGCGCAAGGCUUGGAUUGAUGCCAGAGACUGCCUCCAGCUUUAAGAAUCUGAUUUGACGACUUCUUUCGACUUGUGCAAGGUGAAGUGCCGGGAACCCAAACCCUUCUGCCUUUCUUUUUGUACCACCUAUUUUCUAUUUCUCUCUUGCUUUCAUUGAAGUUCCCUCCAACACGGAUUUCUCCACGAUUAAGCUCUGUUUGACCUGUUCUGCUAGUAUAGUAAGCUACCUGCCUGAUAGGGAGAG